AUGUGGAUAAAGUUAGAAAAGGAUUUUUUUGGUUUUCAAAAAGACUUGUAUAUGUGUGUAGUGUAUAACCCACCCUCAAUGUCAUCAUAUACUCAGGGACUCGACCGGGACAUUACUGAAUGUUUAGAACAGGAAACUGCAAAAUAUAUGAAAAUGGGUAAUGUUUUACUGUGUGGUGAUUUUAAUGCAAGAAUUGCCAAUUCCCCUGAUUAUAUUUUAAAUGAUGAUCAAUCUUAUUUACCUCUUUUUGAUAACUACCCAAUUGAUAAGCAAAUCUUAAAAAGACAAAGCAGUGAUACAACAAUUGAUUCAAGGGGAAAGAGUCUAUUAGAUCUCUGUAUUCUAAACCAGUUAAGGAUACUAAAUGGUCGAGUCCUAGGGGAUGUUUUUGGAAAGUACACAUGUUAUACGCCAAAUGGCAGUAGUGUGGUUGACUAUGUGAUGGUGUCGGAGAGUAUUCUGGAUCAAAUUUUAUAUUUUUAUGUUCACAACUUUAUGCCUACCAUUUCAGAUUGUCAUUGUAUACUGGAAUGGGAAAUGUCAAGUAAAUUUACUGUUGAUGAUAAUGAUUGUAAUAUUAAUUUGUUUGAUAAAUCUCCAAAUUUCAUAUGGUCAGAUGAAUCACCUACAAACUUUCAGACAGCUCUAUUAUUACCAGAUAUACAAACACAAAUUAAUACAUUUAAUAAAAUGAGAGGUCACUAUUAUAAGCUUAAUAAGCAAUAUUCUAAACUUAGAAAAUUUAAGUAUAAAGAAUAUAAAAAAUCACUUGUUGAGCAGUUACAGAAUCUACAUGAUGAUAAUCCUAAAUCUUAUUGGAAGUUAAUUAAUGAUUUAAAAAAUAAUGAUAAUAAGGACCAUAGUUCUGCUGUGGCACCAUCUGUGUGGGUUUCACAUUUCAAUGGAUUAUAUCAAUUACAUGAGUCAUUCAAAGAAAGAGUGGCUAAGUUGGAAAAAAAGCUAGAUAAUCUUGAAAAAAAUGUUUGUUUUAAUAAUCUUGAUAAACUUAUAACAGAGAAAGAAAUUUCUUUUGCCAUUUCUAAACUACGUUGUAACAAAUCACCAGGCUUGGAUAACAUUUCAAACAAUAUGAUUAAACACAGUCAAAAUGUUUUACUAUCGUCUCUUUCAAAAAUAUUUAAUUCUUGUCUGUCUCAUGGUUUAUACCCAAGAAAUUGGACCGAAGGUUAUAUUACAGUUUUACAUAAGUCAGGUGAAGUCACUGACCCAAAUAAUUAUAGAGGACUAACAAUCACUAAUGCAAUUGGUAAGCUUUUUAACAGUAUACUUAAUAUAAGGUUGGAUAGUUUUUUAGAAGAAAAUAAUGUAAUUAAUGAUUGUCAAAUAGGUUUCACAAGAAAGGCAAGAACAUCUGACCAUAUGUUUGUUUUAAAAUGUAUUUUUGAUAAAUACUGUAAUACUAAGGAUGGGAGAGUGUUUGCUUGCUUUGUUGAUUUUCAUAAAGCUUUUGAUAAAGUAAUACAUACAGGAAUUAGAAUUAAGCUGUUAGAGAUUGGGGUUAGUUCAAGGUUUUAUAGCGUUAUAAAGAAUAUGUAUCUUGAAACUAGAUCUUGUAUAAAAAUACAUGAUAGAAUAGCUGAAUUCUUUCAAACAAAGCUUGGUGUUAAACAAGGAGAUAACUUGAGUCCUAACUUGUUUAAAAUAUUUAUAAAUAGCCUUCCAGACUAUUUUACACAAACCAGAGAUCCAAUAAUGCUGGAUGGCAAACUCAUUCAUUGCCUUAUGUAUGCUGAUGACAUUGUAAUUUUAUCUAACUCAGCUGAAGGACUACAAGAGAAAUUAAAUGAACUUCAUAAUUUUUGCAAUGACUGGUGCUUAGAUAUAAAUACUAAAAAAACUAAAGUGUUGAUAUUCAACAAGGCAGGCAGACAUAUCUCUCAAAAAUUUAUUUUCAACAAAGAUGAGCUGGAGUGUGUAUCUAAUUAUAAAUAUUUGGAUUUUGUGGUGUAUUAUUCUAAAGACAAGGACUAA